AGUUUGACUGGAUAACAGAGAGUAUUUCGCCAAUUUGUCAAUGAGCGAGUUGUGUUAGCUCUUUAUUUCAUUGAUUUAUUAAAACAGAAUAGUGACAAAAUUGUGAUCAUUGCGUUGUGUUUUAUUAUUUUUAUAUAUUUUUGAAUGUCUUAAAACUCUGAAAUUGGCUUCAUUUAUUAAUGUUACGUUCCUAAGUUCAUAGGAAAAAGUAUUGGGAGUUUACUUGAGUUCUGAAAAUAUAACUGCGUAUAAAUGAAAUUGUGAUCUCUUUUGAGAAAUAUCUCUAAACAAAAUGUGCGGAGGAUUCACUUGUUCUAAGAAUGCGCUAAUCGCGCUAAAUAUCCUAUACGUGGUAGUGGCCAGUAUCCUGAUAUCUGUGGCGGUUUAUGGACGGGCGUCUUCUCUGGUCACCAACCUUCCGAUAGUGGGAGGUAUCCUAGCAUGUGGGGUAUUCCUUAUAUUGAUUUCGUUGCUAGGAUUGGUUGGGGCUGUGAAACAUCACCAGGUUAUGCUCUUCUUUUACAUGGUGAUUUUGUUCCUACUCUUCUUAGUUCAGUUCUCUGUGGCAUGUGCCUGUCUCACAGUUAAUUCUGACCAGCAGGAAAUGUUGGCUCGCCAGGGAUGGAACAAAGUCAACAUGGAUGUUAAGGAAAGAGUUCAGGAAAGAUUCCAGUGCUGUGGCUUCCAAAGCAGAGCACCAGAAAAUGGCACAGCUGAGCAUCCAUCAUGCCAGAUUGUUGAUAAAAUUUGCUGUCAGAAUGUGUUUAACCCAGUUGGAUGUCAAUGCGAGCCGUGUAUGGGGAAACUGAAGGAGACCAUUGACUAUGCAUUCAAACUGUGUGGUGGCAUUGGACUGUUUUUCAGCUUCACUGAGUUAUUUGCAGUUUGGCUCGCCCGACGGUACCGCAACCAGCCCGACCCCAACUACAAGGAACCCCACGCUAUAUUCCCCCGGAAGAACUACCUUUACUAACCUAAUGUAGAACUAAUAUUCCCGCAGACUGAUUUUAUUGACUUUACCUAUACUUUAUCCUGGUGCGAUACUCGAUCCCUUGUGUACAUUUCCAACUACAAACUGACUACAGAGUAAGUUUUAAACACCCGUGAAAAUCUAUUCUACAUAGCACCCGCAACAACUUCUGGUAAUGUUAAGCCAAAUUCAAAUGCCAUCUUUUAUUCAUGUUAACUAAAUUUUAAUUAUAGAUGUGAAGGGUGUUUAGAAUAUCAAUGUUGCCCGACUGUGUAAAAGACAUCUUCCAAAAUUAGUUUACUUCCUUAAAACUGAAAUUUUACGGCGAAUUAUAUGUGUAGUGAUUGAUAUGAUGUGCAAAUAACUGUUAUAGAACUUCUUCGACAGUAGAUAUUCCUGAAAAAGAUGUGGUUGAAUGUUUGUAAUUUUCGUAUAACUGUUACUGUAGUUAGUUUUAGUAUAAUAAUCUAUGUGUUUUGAAAUUAUGGUUCUGUACCAAUUCUGUACUAAGAUAUGUUUCAUAUAGUCGCAGUAUAUAACUUGUGUAUUUUGUUAGGUAGCCCUGUGUGUGUGUUGCGACUUGGUCUGCUAAUGUUAUUACUCAGUAAACACGUUGUUCAUUCAUUAUAUUCAGCCCAACAAAAUCUUUAUUCUUAUAAAAUUACUAGUGACUUAACGUCAUUCGUUUGGUGAAUUUAUAUUACGUCUGAGGGCAGUAAGUUUCAUAUCAAUUGGAUGAAUUCUAAAUACUACAAAUAAAUUUUAAUAAUACUAUUAGUAAUAAAUACGGCUUAAUAUUUUCACGAGUACGAUUUAUGAAUUGGAGAGAUGAAAUAUAUAGUUUUAGAAAGACUUCAAUUUUGGAUGCUAAUUAUAACAGUUGUUCACAAUCAAUGAGGCUUAGGAACAUUGUCAUUGUGAGGUCGUGGGUGAUCUCAUUGUUUUGCAUUUGUUUCUCUUAAAACAAUGCCAUGCUGGUAUAUAGCUCUAGUAGUAAAACUUAAGUUAUAGGUACAUUUCGUCUACUAGUCAGUAGUCUAAUAAUUUAGCAUAAUCUUGCUUUCAAUUUAUACCAAUUAACGUGUGAAGCUGAAAUUGGGCUUUUACGAACUGAAUAUGAUAAUAGAUAGUUUUUAAGUGCUAUCGUGAAUUUCGAAGCCAGAACUGUACGCCCUGUUUUAAUUCCAACUUCAAUAAGUUUUGUGACCUGCUUUUGUUUAAACUCAAUUAAGCUUUAAUUAGAUAUUUUUUUAUCAUUAAUUUUAUUGAAUAUCACCAGUUCAGUUCCCAGUCUGAUUUAUUUUUUAUAUCAAUUUCGACGGAAAUAUUUUGAUAGAUCAUUUUAUUUGAUUUUUUAUAUUAAGUAGAAUAAUUGUUCGCUACCUUGUAACAAUAUCUUUGAAUUGUUUACUAUUCAAGAAUUAUACUUACUUAUAGGUACAUUACGUACUUAUAUAAUUUUACCACAUUGAAUUUCCUCUUGUGUAUUGUCAGUGUAAUAAUAUUUAUCAAAUUAUUCAGAAUUAAAGUGUGCAAGCAUGA